UAGAAAGAAAAAAACCCCAUGGUGACAUGAUUUAUUCCAAAAAUAAGAGUCACCUUAUUGACAUUUGUGCUCAACGAGCUAUGUUUCUUUCAUUUGUUAUUUACCUGCUGACGGCCAUAGAAACUCUCUUACUCACUUUUUUUCAACACAAUGAAUUCAAAUCAAUUUUUUCUAAUUAUUUUCUGGUUAUUCGGUUAUUCAACCAACAAAUCAUUUCAAACAGAACAAGAAUAUAGAAGUAGUGAUUUAGAUAAUAUUAAAUGUGAUUCAAUUGUUUGUGCAUCAAUCGUAUCAAAAUGUAUAUUAACAUCGGAUUGUAAAUGUGAUAAUAUUCAUUCCAAUCGAACUUGUUCGGAAAAUUGUUCCAAAUGUUUGGAUUAUCUUUAUCAGGAUUGUUGUCUUUGUUUUGAUCUUUGUGAAUCUAAACAAGAUGAAACGGAAAAUAUACAACAACGUUCAAAUGUUGGCCAUAUACAAGAUCCACAGCCAGAUUUUUUUACCUUAUUAACCGAAUCACCUGAUCCACUGGAACGUUGGAAAACAAUUUCCUAUUCAUUGAUUCUACCUAUUGAAGAAAAAGAUUUUCAAUCAAAAGAUGAAAAUUCCGAAAAUUCAUCCGAACUUGAAAUGAAAUGUACAGUUGCUUAUAUGGCACAAUGUUUAUCAAUGAAUAAAUGUCGUUCAUCAUGUGCAUCAAUGGGAUCGACUACAUUUCGUUGGUUUCAUGAUGGCUGUUGUGAAUGUGUUGGACAAUAUUGUAAUGAAUUUGGUUUGGAUAAAUCUAAUUGUACAGCAUGUCCAUUCAUUAUAACUGGAGAAUCUACUGAUCGUGAAGAUUUAUAAUAGAAAAAAUUGUAAAAAUCGAAAAAAAUGUAAAUUUUUUAUUUUUUCAAAAAAUCAAAUCAAUCAAGUUCGAUCCACGUUGAUCGCUGGCUUUA